UUUUUGUCUGUGGAUUCAAAUGAUAACAAUAACCAUUAGAAGUUUAAUUUACAAUUUACAUAAACAAAAAUGUUUGGGCGUGUAUUCCAAUUGACUGCAGACGGCAGCUGGUAAACGCAAAACUCGAUCAGAUAAAUAACAAUGCUGCGGUCAGUCUCACAGCUGUCUGCAACAUGCAGCAGAGCAGCCUUCACAAAUGCCAGACUGGUGGCAACAAACAUGUGUAAAUCAUCAUCUCUGCCCUGCAUUAGAUUAAAUUCACCAUUAGUGUAUCAGGCAAACCAGCUUCACACAGCGAACUUGAAAAAUGGGUUGAUUACAAAGAAGAUAACAAGUCUUUUUGCCACAAAGCCUGUGAUGUCUACAGGCGUUCCUAGCUUCCUGAUACCCACACCAGCCACAUCAGCUUCUCAAACACGGACUGUUGUUAAAUGGUCAUUGCAGAAAGGCAAGCGCAAGACUGUGCAAGCUGUUUUGAAACGAUUUAAAAGACUUGAUUGGGGAGGUCGAGGCAUGUGGAUCAGACCAAGACAGGGAGCAAAUAAAAAAAUGUGGAAGAAGUCGCAAACACAGCGAUUGCGAGCAAAAACACAUGUAUUUUGUAAUGCCACACAGUCACAGAUGCUGGAUAAAAUGGUGUGCCGUUUUUGGAAGAAAACCCGUUAUUACCCUGAUGAUCCAUUUAGGCCAUACCUUCGUCGUGACAACUUCAGAGCAACAAAGUCACAACCAAGAGAAUUCUUUUAAAGCAUACACCAGCUUAGUGUAGGUUGAAUAUAUAAAAUUGUAACUUUAUUAAAAAAACAAACAAAAAAAAAAA